AUGUCUUCAACCUUUAUGGCCCCAGGUAUUUACAGUCCCUUUACACGCCCUUCUAACACUUUAUGGUUGAACAUGCGCAAUGCUGACGACAUUUUCUUGUCCUCCUUUAGCUUUACCAUAGAUACCGCGUGUUCUUCUUCCAUUUACGCGCUCCACCAAGCGCUGAACGCCAUCAAGGCGGGUGAUUGUGACAGCGCUAUCGUGGCCAGCUCCAACCUGAUUCUGUCUCCCGAGCUCCAUAUAGCGGCGGCCAAGAGCGGAGUACUUUCGCCAACAGCAACGUGCCACACCUUUGAUGCCUCAGCCGACGGAUAUGGUCGUGCCGAAGCUGCUAACGCUAUCUAUAUAAAGCCUCUGUCCGCCGCAGUCAGGGACGGGAACCCGAUCAGGGCUGUUGUGCGGGGGAGUGCUGUGAAUGCCAGCGGCAAGACACCAGGAAUCUCGCUGCCGAGCGGCUGGCUCCAAGAAGUAGUCAUGAGGAAGGCCUAUGCUAAUGCCAAACUGAACUUCGCCGAGACCGACUACGUUGAGUGUCACGGGACAGGGACUCCAAAAAGAGCUGAUUUAGACAACGACAAUCCAUGGGUCAAGACCAAUGUAGGACACAGUGAAGGCAGCAGUGCCCUGACCUCGAUCCUCAAGGUUGUGGAAGCAUUCGAGAAGGGCCAAAUUCCGCCCUCGCAGGGGAUUGUCAAGUUGAACCCCAAAUGGUUCCUGGCCGAACACAAUUUGAAAGUUGCCCAGGAAGUGGAAGAAUGGCCGCGAGCUGUUCGCCGCGCGAGCAUCAACUCAUUUGGCUAUGGUGGUCCCAACGCCCAUGUGAUUCUCGAAUCUCCCGAGAGCUACCUCGGCCACAACUACCUUUCGAAAGGGGGCUUCGCAGCCGACGAUCCGAGCGAGCGAGAUGGACAGACUCUAAUGGUGCUUCCCGUCUCGGCAGCAUCGCCUAAGUCGUUGGAGAUGCUCGUCGCCCAGGUCGCGCAAGCUGUGGCGCAAUCGCAUGACACAGAAUCGCCCCAGAGCCUGGCUCAUACGCUGGUCAAUGGCCGGGACCACUUGCAGCACAGGAGUUUCAUCUUGACGAAACUCGAAGAGGGGCUUGGGCGACUCAUGGAUGCGACAGCGGUCCCGAGGCAAGCAGUCAGUCCACCGCCAUUUGCCUUUGUCUUCACCGGCCAGGGUGCGCAGUACGCUGGCAUGGCCAAGGAACUGCUGUCCACGAGCCAAAACUUCCGCCACACGAUCCGUCGCCUCGACUGCAUACUUCAGGGUCUCCCCCCUGUACACGUGCCGAAGUGGACACUCGAGCAGACACUGCUGAAUGGUUCAAACAGCCGUAUCAACGAAGUGACACGCAGCCAGCCGCUCUGCACGGCCGUACAGAUAGGGCUUGUCAACCUGCUGCGCAGUUGGGGGGUGCAGUCCACGUCCGUGCUCGGGCAUUCGUCAGGCGAGAUCGCCGCAGCAUACACGGCUGGUCACUUAACAUCGAAACAAGCCAUUCUCGUAGCCUAUUUCCGUGGAUUGGCUGUAGGCAAGCUACGCUCCAAAGGAGCCAUGGUGGCGGCUGGCUUAGCCCCCGACGAGGCCAACCUACUCAUCAAGAGCAAAGGGCUUGAGUCACAAGUCCGGGGUGAAAACGAGUUUGCCAGAAGCCUGGGGACUGGAGGUCGUGCUUACCAUUCAUAUAUGAUGGAGGAGGUCGGCAAGCUGUAUGAAGGUCUCCUGGCACCCUACUUUGGAUCCGAAGACUCCGACGACGAAGGAGAUGCCUGCGUUCCGGCGAUGCAGGCUAGAAUGUAUUACUCUGUCGGACACGACCCGCAACAUCUCGGUGUCAUUGAUAGUCAGACGUAUAUGCCGGCGUACUGGAGAAAGAACUUGGAGCAGCCCGUCCAGUUCAGCGCAGCGGUCGGGAACCUGGUGGCAGGAGACAAGGAUGUCCACCUGAUUGAGAUAUGCCCGCAUGCCACACUCAAGGGUCCCAUCAAGCAAAUCCGAACAGGGCUUGGGAUGAGCGAGGUAUCACUUCCUUACUCGGCAACACUAGUGAGAGGACAGGAUGCCGACUUGUGCAUGAAGAUGCUUGCUGGCGCGCUCUUCACGCACUGCUACCAGACAUUGCGCUGGGACGCAGUCGACGGCCUACCUAGAUCGGGCCUAAGGAUUCUCCACGAACUUGCUCCUUACCCAUGGGAUUACUCCGGAGGUCUGCUUUGGAGCGAGCCUCGUGCCAGUCUCGAAAUGCGAAACCGAAGACACCUCCGUCACGAGCUUCUUGGCACCCUGGCGCUCACGGGCAACGACCACAAGCUGGAAGACCAGAUUGUGUUCCUAGCGACGGGAUACAUGGGGCUUGCCAUCGAGGCCCUGUCACAGAUGACAGACGCCAAGGAGAAACCAGCAGCUCAGCUUGCAUUCGAGUUCCGCAACGUGAACAUCAGCGCCGCGCUCAACAUAGCCGACGAAGACAGAGACGUUUAUUUGUCCGCCAAGGACCUGGAGCUGCACAACACCAUGUCCCGGCGCAAGAUUUCGAACACCAACAGUUCGGGCGAUUGGCACGACUAUGCCGUCUCUUCUUGGCUGGCAGGUCGGACAACGGUACAUUGCACGGGGAGCAUCCGCUUGGCGGAGCGCGCAGAGAAGGAUGAUGGCGUUGCGUUGCAGAACACGGAAGCGUUUGACACGUGGUCCACGGGCCGAUGGUACACCAAGUGGCACGAGGAAGGACUAUGCUUUGGUCCGCACUUUCAGUCCCUUACCAGCCUGCAGACCGAUGGGGGAAGAAGGCGGCGUGAGGCUAUUGGGACGACACGUCUACAGCCUGCCAUAACAGGUGGCUCGUAUUACCCCGUGCACCCCGUCACCAUAGAUGCCGCCCUCCAGGCAGCCAUUCUCAGCACGACGGCCGGACACGUGCCCUCGUUGAAGACCUGGCUUCCCGUCUUCAUCGAAGAGUGCAGAAUCCAGCCUCCACAGUUCACCACAGAUGCAGAUAGCGAGGAGGCCACUGGGGAGAUCCAGUCGCAAUCCUGGGAGACGGGUCUCUCCAGCCGGAGAAUCGACGGGACCAUGCGGGACUCGCGCUCCGAAGGCGACAGCAGCAGCAGCAACGACGUUACCGACGUGUUUACCAAGCGCCAGCCCACCCUGAGGGUCAACUGGAAGCCUGACUGCCUGCGGCUGGGCCCGGAAAGCCAGGGCCAGCUGAGGGAGUACGUGACCGGCUUCGUUGACGAGCAGCAUGACGACAUGCGCGAUGAGAGCUUGGCUGUUAUGACGGCACUGCUUGACCUAGCCGGUCACAAGAACCCGCGAUUCGGGUCUUGGAGCUCGACGACGUGGAGGUGGAAGGGCAUAGUGACGGCGAAGAAGGACCUUGUCUACGCCACUGCACUCUAUGCGAUAAACGACCGAGCACACCUGCGCGCGGUUGAGUCGGUGCAGAUCCACGCUGGCUCUGGCGGGCUAGGCAUCGCGGCCAUCACCCUGGCGCGGCGGUUGGGUGCUGUCGUCUACACCACCGUAGGCUCGCAAACAAAACGCGACUAUCUGGUUAACGAGCUGGGCGUGCCCGCCUCGCAUAUUUUCAGCUCGCGCGACGCCUCGUUAGUACAGGUCGUGAAGCAGGCGACCGGCGGCCACGGCGUCGACGUCGUUAUUAACUCGCUGGUCGGCGACCUCGUGCACGAGAGCUGGCGGUGCCUGUCGGAGUUCGGUGGGCGCUUCGUUGAGGUCGGGAAGCGCGAGCUCGUCGACUCAGGAAAGCUCGACAUCCGCGUCUUCUUGCGCGGCGCCACGUUCACGGCGUUAGACCUAUCCGAGCUGUUCUAUGCUACGGACCCGUUCCAUCGCGCAACCUGGGACCGACUUAUGGCCGAGACACUCGACCUAUACCGCUCAGGCGAGAUUGCGCCGCUGCCGAUGAAGGUGUUCGAUGUCGGGCAGGUUGCGCAGGCGUAUCGCUAUUUCGCGAGCAAGGAGAGGGUGGCCAAGGUGGUAAUUUCUAUGGAGGACACGCGGCAAACGAGGGUUCCGGUGGCUCCAGCUACCUAUCAGAGCGUUUUCGACCCUGAGAAAGUUUACCUCCUUGUCGGAUGUCUAGGCGGCCUGGGACGUAGUCUGAGCUGCUUCAUGAUGGCCCGCGGCUGCCGCUACUUUGUCUUCCUCGGCCGCUCAGGGGCCGACAAGCCGAGUGCCCAACAGCUCGUGUCACGGCUGGAGAAGGCUGGGGCAACGGUCGGUAUCGUCCGCGGCGACGUCUCCAGCGCAUCUGACGUGACCGCUGCGGUGUCCGCGUGCCUGGCCAUGUGCCGGCGCAUUGGUGGCGUCAUCCCAGCGGCCAUGGGCCUGCACGAGGCUCUCUUCACCAAAAUGCCCUGCGAGGCCUGGCACACGGGCAUCGAUCCCAACAACGAGCCCGACUUCUUCCUACUCACGUCCUCGGUCUCAGGCACAGUGGGAACCGCGACCGAGGCUAACUACUGUGCCGCUAACGGUUUCCUCGACGCUUUUGCGCGGUGGCGUCGGUCUCGUGGCCAGGCGGGCAUUUCUAUCGGGCUCGGCAUGAUUUCCGAAGUCGGCUACUUGCACGAAAAUCUCGAGAUCGAGGCGCUGCUGCUGAGGAAGGGCAUCCAGCCGCUCAACGAAGAGGAAUUUCUACAAGGGCUCGAGCCGGCGGCUAUCCGCCAACUCAGCGCCCAGGGCUUCGGCGUCACAAGCCACGGCGUCCUAGUUGAGGCGCGUGCCUCGCUCCUUCUGGCAUCCCUCUUAGCCGAGAAAGAAGCGGCUGCUGGGGUGUCUCAGAAGGGCCACGCCGCCGUAGUAGCCGCUGCCCCGUGGUUCAAGGACGCACCUGCGGCGGUUUCAGCUGCCCUGGCGCCCGAAGCAGACGCGGAAACCCUACAUGAGGCAGUUCUCCGGCUGAUGAAGAAGCGCUUUUCUAAUCUCAUCCUCAUGCCGGCCGACCGACUUUGGGGUAGAUAG